UUUUAAAAUGGGUGCCAAGAGGCAAAGCAAAAAGGAGGGAAGACACCAAUGAUCCUUAUUAUGGCGUCCCUGGAAGAUUGCUCAUAGCAACAUCUGUAAAAGGAGUAGCAUCUCCUUCCUUUCCCAUUUGAGCAGCAACUUCCCCCAUGAUGCACUCAAUAAGCUGAUGAGAUUGUCAUCUGGGAAGAAAUUGCAUGUGGGUUCGCAGUAAUAUCUGGAGUGAUUCAUUUGAUGGUCCAUGGCAUGUCUUCUUGUGUAUCUCAUUCCAACUGUUCUUUUUGGAUCAUGGUUACAGCUAAACUUGUCUCCAACCUGAGGUAUCUGAAUGGAUCCCAAUCUUUACUUGCACAAAUCUCAACCCUUCUGCAUUUGUUGUCACUGGAACCUGAAAAGCCCCCAAAUGGUUGAAAUCAACUACAAGAAUCCAAGAAAAGCACAAAUGUCAUGUACAGGAAUUGCAGGCAAUGGUAACAAUCACAUUCUGUGGGAGAAUGAUAGCCAUGAAAAAUCUCAGAAGGACCAUCACCAAAAGAGAGGAAGAUAAAGGCACGUAGAAGCAAGUAUUUAAAAUGCCAGCUGGAAGCUGCCUGAAGUGCAAAUGCCCUAUGGCACAAGAGGCUUUCUAGGAUAGUAGUGAACAUAGGCCAGUGCAUCCAUGAGUGAAGAGCUGAAGACCAAAUGAACUUAGUGGAUGAUAGAACACAAGAAGCAACAAAUAUGGAAACCUCAUAACCAUUAAUUGACAAGAUGUCAAGAACUAUAUUGGAAUAAGCCUCCUCUGUAUUCAGUCUCACGAUCCUAGAAAUCAUGCAAAUCAUUGUAGUUUCUAUUUAUUUAUUUAUUUUUAAUUCUACAAAUAUGUUCGGAUAUAAGUUGAUGCCAGUCACUCUCCUGGGUUUCCCAAAGAGAGUUGAUAUCUCACAUCGUGAAAGUUCUUGAUAUUAUGUAUAAUAAUUUCUUUUAAUUAUGUAAAUACGUUUUAAAGUUAUGAGGGUUUAUUGAGUAUAAAAUGAAAAAUAUUUAUACAAGAGGAGCAAACAUUACAAACAAAAUCAAAGAAAGAAUAGCAUUGAUGUAUACAUAUUAGAAUAUUUGAACACCUAGCUCUGUGAAAACCCCGGCCGCACCCUUGUACUAUUCCUACCCCAUUCUCAAACCAACCCCCCUAUGUUAUCCCUUGCCAGCUAAUUCUCUCACUCCUAGCCAACUGGAAGAAAUGACACUUGCCACGUUUCCUCCAGCUGGAAAAUUUUAUAUUUUGACAAAAUAUCUACUUAUAAUAUUUAAAACCCGCCCAUAUGGUUUCACAUACGUAUAGAGUAUAAUGACAAAGGUAUGUAGUACUAUUAUUUAAUAUCAAAGUUGGGUCGGUGGUCGCCCGCAAGACAGGUUUGGGGGCCAAGUUCCCCAAGAGGCAGGCCACUAGGCCAUUGCACAAGUGGGUAGUUCAACUAAAUCGAUUACUCUUCACAAUGAUGCCGAGGCAUAUAUUUUUCAUGCAACUAACCCAAAAAUUUCCAUUUAGGAAGCACUGAUCUGGCUACACAUGUUGGUAGGAGGCAGAUAAUUUGCAUGAUUUCAUGAGUGAUCAAAGCAAUUUUCUCAGGAAAAUGCAAAGAAAAAUUAAACUAGUGUACUACCCCGUACCUGCCUUCCUAACACAUGCACACCUGGGCAGUCAGCCCAUAUGUAUCCUCUAUGGUUUUCCAUUUAAACUUCCCUCCUAGAGGCGCCUUGCACUCCUUACUAUAGACUCAGUGAAGCUUAACCUUCAUGGCUAAGAUCAAGAGGAUCAUCACAACUCUACUAAGGCUCCUAGUCUUGGGUGCAGCCCUGUCUGCAACCAUUGUAAUAGUCACCAGCCGUGACUCUGCUGAGGUCUUGAACCUAUCAUUUGAUGCAAAGUAUACCAAUGCGCGGGCUUUCGUAUACUUUGCGAUCACGAAUGCAAUUGCAAGUGGAUACAGCUUCAUUGCCCUUUUUCUCUCUUUCUCAACUCCACUUUGGCGCUUAGUUUUCCUUCUUGAUGUGUUUAUGACUCUGCUACUUACUUCAAGCAUUUCUGCGGCCUUGGCCAUAGCUGAUGUGGGCAAGAAAGGGAACAGUCAUGCUGGUUGGCUACCGGUUUGUGGACAAGUUCCUAAGUUUUGUGACCAUGUCACAGGAGCUCUUAUAGCCGGUUUCAGCGCUGCUGUACUUUAUUUGGUGCUUCUUCUCUAUUCCAUUCACGCUGUCCUCAACCCUAAACCUUAGACCAGUAUACAGUCCCCAGUAUGGAUCUAUCAUGUAAUAUGUUUGCUGAUGUUCAUGACUCAACUCGGUCCCAUAUCCGAUGAAGGAUAUAUAACUAUAUAUUGCUCUUGUUAUCUGUUUGGAAACAUUGAAAAAGGUGGUCUUUAUUUUUUCUUUUGCAGAUUUACUACUCUACGUGCAUGAAUGUGAGCAAAUUGAGAAAUAGAUUGUAAGCCAACAUCCUUAAAAUUUAAAGCAUGGAUUGUAUCAAAUUACCAAUUUAUUUUAGAACUUUAAGGUUUUAGGUGACCCCGCACCAAUGUGGAUCAAUGUGAAUCAAUUACAUUAACACUAACCAUACAACCAAACUACUGUCAUGGCACGGCACAAGUGGAAAGUUGGGAGUGUUUGGAACCUGUGAAAGUUACUUUAUAUGGAAAGGCAUAUCCACAGGAUAAAAUACGAGGAUGAGAAUCGACGACCACCCAUUCAGUCUCUGCCAUCCAAUCAACUUACCCUAUCUACAUCAUCUAUAACUGAAUUCAAAUAAAUUCUUGACCUCUUUGGAACCAUGGCAUCACCCACCCACCACUGCAGAAGAUCCAGCCAAAUGUGAAACAAAGCAUCAGGAACACACAAACACCUUCAACCCAGUUGUCAAGAAGAUGAGUUGCAAAGCUCUUCUGUGUUCCACCUCUGUUUAUGAUUUUAAAAGGCUUCCAAAACUUCAGACUCAGAGGCCUCCAACAUUGCAGAUUAGGUGCUCAAAUUCGAGUCCAGACACGCCUUCAAUCACUG